UCUCGCCAAACUCUCUCCAUGUCCGGUCUCCGUAAGCCAUGCGAGGUGAGGCGGUUCUGGCUUAAAACGAGGCGUUCUCGUCGUCGUGCAUUGCCGAGCCUCAGCACACCCCGACUGCUCGCGUGCUGGACCGCCAGCCCGCUGAGAAAAGCAAUAUCGCCAUCAUGGCUACACUGAUUCGGACUCUGUAUCUGCUGCAGGGCGAGAAUGUCCAGUCUGGCCUCGUGCCUCGUGCCGGCGAAGGACCGCCGACCGAGGUGCCUAUCGUGGGCUCAACGAAGGCCGGGUUCAUUGCUAUGGGAAUCUGCGGCCUGCUGUCGUUCCUGGCGACCUUCAGCCUGCUCGCCUUCUUGACGUAUCGAUUCAUCUUCUGGGAGCGCUACUAUAAGCGGCCUCUCGCACGGAACCAGUACGUCGUCCUGAUUUACAACCUGCUUCUCGCCGAUCUGCAGCAAGCGACGGCAUUCCUUCUGUGUCUGCACUGGGUAGGGCAGGGGUCAGUAUACUCUUCAACUGCGGCCUGUAUCAUCCAGGGCUGGUGGAUCCAAACCGCCGACCCGGGGAGUGGGCUGUUCGUGAUCGCGAUCGCCAUGCAUACCGGCGCUGUCGUCCUUCGAGGGAGCCAGCUGCCAUGGCGGGCAUUCGUGGCCUGCGUUAUCGGAAUAUGGGCCUUUAUCCUCGUUCUCGGAUUCAUCCCUGUCGGACUAUACGGCUCCGAGACAUUCGUCAUCUCCGAAGCUGGCUGGUGCUGGCUCAGCCCCGAACACGAACGCGAGCGCCUCUGGGGCCACUACAUCUGGAUCUUCCUCUCCGAAUUCGGUACCGUCGUGCUAUACAGCUUCAUGUUCUUCUUCCUGCGGCGGCGAGUGCGCCAGACCGCACGCCUGGGCCCAAACCACCAAGCCAGCCUGAACCGCCUCAACCGCGUCGUCGUCUACAUGGUGAUCUACCCAGUCGCAUACGUGAUCCUGUCCCUCCCGCUCGCUGCCGGUCGCAUGUCCAGCGCACGUCACAUCAUCCCUAGUUACGCAUACUUCGCGGCUGCUGGCUCCCUGAUGGCAUUAUCAGGACUGGCCGACGCGGUGAUAUACACACUCACCCGCCGGCAGCUCCUCGUCGACACGGACUCGCACGCAUCCCACGAGAUCUACGCUGCGUAUUCCAUGACGAACAACCACCAGACGCACAUCAGCACGACGCGGGACAUGCGGAAACGGGGACGGAUGGGCUCUCGGGUGCGUCGGGGCCUGCAGACGCUGAACGAGAGCGUCAUGGAUCAUCGGGACGAUUCGACGGAGGAGAUUGUGAAGAAGGGCGAUACGGAAAUGAAGAAUAUGAAUAUGGGGCAGGGCGUUUAUCAGGAGACGACGAUUGAGAUUACGCAUGAGGAUGCAGAGCCGGAGGACUCGCGGGCGAGAUAUAGACAUGAAUGAGUAGAUUAAUGAUGACAAGUUCCAUAGACUGAAAUACCUCCCAUCCAGGUUGUAAAAAAUAUACUGACGAAUUAGAUAUAUAUUAAUUAUGAGAUGCCUUCAUUGACUGCGAUUGAUGGAUUCUCGCCCCGAAAUCCGCACCAUCAUGUCCGACUGCAAGAACAGCCCAUUGCGAUUAACACUCUGCCACGGGCGCGACGGGUCAAUAAGCACGAUAUCAUAUCUGGAAAAUAUCUCCGCAAUCGCCUUCGAAACCUCAAUCAAGGCGACCUGCUUCCCCAGACAAGCAUACCUCCCCGAUCCAAACACCAGAUCCAUAGACCUGUUCAUCUCCAACAGCUGCUCCUCCCCGGCCUCGAUCCAGCGAUCUGGGCGGUAUAGGUCUGCAUCGCUCCCAAAGACGCUGACAUCUCGAUG